AUGUUUAUUUAAUAUAGUGAUGUUCACUUUCUUAUUUAAGAAAAUGGGCUCUAGGGCGUUCCUUCUCUCGGGUCUUUUACUGGCUAUUCUUCUUCUUAUCUCUUCGGAGGUGGCGGCUAGAGACUUGGCUCAGACUUCCACUGAGAAGCAAAAUGCUAAGGAAUCAUCAACAGGGACAAAUGGAGUAGAUGAAGCAAAGUAUGAUGGAAACGGAAGAUACGAGCCACAAUGUGCAUUCCCAACGUUGCCACCUCCCCCGCCACCGCCAUGUGGAUUCCCACAAGGCCCACCACCAUGUGGAUGCGGUGGAGGGCCACCUGGUGGAGGCCCACCUGGUGGAGGCCCACCUGGUGGAUCCGGAGGAUUCUUCCCACCUGGUGGACCCGGAGGAUUCUUCCCACCUGGUGGACCCGGAGGAUUCUUCCCACCAGGCGGUAGUGGACCAACCCCACCACCAGGUGGUGGUUUUGGUGGAGUCCCUGGAAUAGGGUAAUAUGGGGCUCUAAGCUUUCAGAAGGUUAGGAACUUGUUAAUUAGAAGGCUUGGCCGUUGAUUGCUACUACUUAAUUAAGGCAAGCCUUAAAAUAAAGCACCAUAUAUAUGCUAAUCCAAGAAUGUAUUUAGAUAAGUGGUGCACUAAUAAAUUAAUGCGUGAUCACAACGACAUGAAUGGAUGCAUGUCUAUUUCCUUGA